GAGUAAAUAUCAAGAUGGCCGUCGUCGUUGCUGUGCGUUGAUUAGUGUACUUUUUUAUAUGUGUAUGGUGAGACUUUCUUUAGUAAGACCAUGGUAGCCAUGCUUUUCUUGUAAUUAGCAAUGAGCAUGUGAGGUGUUUGUGAAAAAUAAUUUUCAAAUUUGUAUGUAAAAAUAAUCAUGGUUUCAAAAACAGCAGUGGGAAUUGCAUUUGGAGUUGCCAGUAUUUUUGUUGGAUACUGCUUUUAUUUUGACAAAAAGCGUCGAAGUGAUCCUGAUUUUAAGAAGAAACUUUGCGAACGAAGGAAAGCGAGAAAAGAAGCUCAAAAAUCUGGUUCUAGAAUACCGAACCUCAAAGAUCAUGAUGUUGUCCAAAAGUUUUUUGUUCAAGAGGUAGAGUUGGGUGAAGAAUUGUUGGCUUCAGGUGAUGUAGAUGGUGGUAUUGAGCAUUUGGCCAAUGCUGUUGCAGUGUGUGGUCAACCCCAUCAUCUUCUACAAGUUCUUCAGAAGACACUUCCACCUCCAGUUUUUCAACUCCUCUUGCAACGGUUGCCAGCAGUUGGACAAAGGCUUAAUCCACAAGGCGUGAUGGCAGAAGAAGAUGUUGAAUAAAUAUUAAAAGAUACUCGCCUUUUGAUACCAGUAACAGCGUUUCUAAACAUCUUUAUUAUUGUAUACGUUGAGUAGUAUAACAUUGAUUUCUUCCUGUUAGAAUGACUCAAUUUCAUAAAAUGACUCAUUUAUUAUUUACAAUUUAUUUUUUGAUAUCUCCUAAAUUGUUUAUUAAAUUUCUAGAUAAAAUAUCGAUCUCAAUUUUUUAAAGAAUUUCAGUUUUAUUAGUAAUACAAUGUAUACUGAUAGAAGAAUUUUACUAAAUUUCAAAAGUGUUAAUGUUUAUUACAUUUUUAUUACUGUAAAACAUAGAGCUUUACAUCAUUAACUUGACUUUCUGUCAAAUUUUUUUCGACAAGUUACACUGUACAUAUGAAAUAUGAAUAUUAAUGAUUGUAAAUCGA